AUGAGCAGUCUUUGUUUCCUGUCAAGUCCAAGCAAUUUAGCAAUUGCCAAAACAAUAAUAGCUUUGCAAUGGCAACACAAACCCGCUAAUGAUGUGGGUGAAUCAAAGGCAAAGGUGAAAUGCAAAAAGGGAGAGGUGACCAAGACAGGUAGGGAACUGUAUGUACAAAUUAACCUGCAAUUUCAGAAAAUAUGUCCGGUUCCUUUGGCUCAAGCUUUAGUUUCUGUUCCAGAAUUGCAACUCCAGCAAGAAGAUAGAAAAACGGGACUUUUACAGGAAGGUAAAAACACAGAUUGAAGAGGAAUGGAAGGAAACAGAUAUUUUAAGGUUAAUAAUAUGCUGUACCAGCAUGAAAUAAUAAUCAUAUAUUAAUUCCCAUGUCUGUGGCUGUGGAAAAAUCCCUUAAAGAAAAUCCAUUGAAUAUUUAUUCUGAGGAUAAUUUAUUUGGUACUUUAGUUUUUUACUAACAUGGACUCUCUCAUAUAUAAACUCAUACAUGUGGGCCAUAUUUAAUAGUUAAUAUUUUAAUACAUAAAAAUAGUGACAUUUAUAGUGCGACUCAAUGACGACAAUAUGUCAUAUUGCAUAAAAGUUCAAUAACUUAGCAAUACAAACAAUGUUUAUAACAGGUGUCAGGUAAGUUUAUCAGCUUCUUGGAGUCAAUUCACAAAAUCACCUACAACCACCCAAUACAUGAGCAACCCCUCAAAUAAGCUGUUCUUAUAGUCCAGUUAUUUUUUUCGUUUUAGUGAAGGUCUUUGAAGUUGAAGUAGUUCAUGUGCAUGAGGUGCUAAUGCAAGUUGCAUGUACAAGUUUAGAGGUUUGCUCAAGUGACUCAAGUCAUUUAAAUAACAGUUCAUCUCAGAAUGCGGUGCCAACUGUGUCAAGUGUGAAUAAAAAGAAGAAAGCUGGUCGCUCAAAAACCACACACAGGAAAGAAGAUGAGGAAUUGUUUAAACAUUUGUGUGACAAUCCAGAUGGCAAUGGAGUUGAAAGAAAAGAAUGA